AUGGCUUCUGCGGAUAUUCACUGGGGUACAUUGAUCAAUUCAGACAAGAGCCCGGCCCCACUGCUGGAACAGCUAUGUCUAGGGAUAGCGCAGUUGAUGCCCUCCUUUGAUACCAACGGUACGACUGAUAUAACCCCCGAACGACUGGCUGCCUUUUACCGCAAAGUCGGCGGCAACUACGACACUUUAUUCCUCGAGACCAAGGCACAAGCCCUGUCAUUCAUAUACCAGUCACUAGGGUGUUUCCACAGUUUACAACCCUCAGCCAAUCCUUAUGAACCCCCAUCAAUUCCGUCACUACUUCCGAAUGGCUUCGUGCGGUGGCAGACAAUACAACUGUUGAUGGACCCAGAUGAACAUUCAGUGUAUUUGCAGAAUGCGGUCAACCUUUGGGAUAUUGCAGAUGCAAAUGGCGACAUAUUUCCAAAGACGAUUCCUCGAGACGCAUUUCCUUCCGAGCCAGACCCAGAGAUGCUGGAAUGGCACGAAGGCGUGAGUCGGCGAUUGGAGCGUGACUAUUUGAAAAGACAUACAAAGCGUGCUUCGCCGCCAGACUUUGGGACAUAUCAUUACCAUUUCAGUGGCAAGGAUCCUCUUCCCGACGAAGAUGACUACUUCUCACGUCCACGCCGGGCGGCGUCAAAGCGUCAUAGUCGGGUGGAGCCCGAUCGGUCCAGCGACCAUCGCAAUCACCGCCGACGAUACGGCGGAGAAUAUCCCGCAUUUUCUGUACGCAGGCCACGAGCGACUCGACCGGGCUUUUCAACCCCGCGAGUCUCGUCUCCUCCCCCAUGGGGGGAGCCUCCGCCCCGUUCAAGCGGACGAGGCCAAGGUGGUCGGCACGGCCAUCCACUAAGCCCAGGGACAGCUGAGGUCCCAUAUGUCUCCGAUGUGUCUUCAGGUGAGUCUGCACGUCACCGCAAGGACCGCGCGAAACCCCAUAGGCACCAAGAGCGGCGUCAUCUAUCACCACCUUCCAACAGUAAUGCCAGACGUCACUCCCACGAAGCCUACAUCCGCAGACCAUUCCGAGACCUGUCGCCCGCCAGUCCUACUCGACAUUGCCAUGGGCAUGAAAGACACUCUUCACGAUCUAGUAAAUCCCACUCUGAGCCUUCGCCAAAGGUUCACCCGAGAGACCGCCUAAGGGACCAUCUCAGAGAUUACCCGAAGGAGAAUCCAAAGGAUCAUGCACAAGACCGUUCUCGAUCGCGCACCGCGGGUGUCAAAUUCCGGGAAUUCAUAUUCGGCGACCCGGCCCCUGCUCCAGCUGCUCCAGAUCCACCUUUCUACAGGCCACCCACUCCACCACCAAGAGCAGUACCGAGACAUCUGGGACCUUACGCCGCAGACGACACGAGAAGAGGAAGCUACAGUGGUGGCAGCACAGGUAAUAGUCGACCCAGUAGCGGAGGGAGCGGCUCCGAGCGGCAGCGAUCAUAUAGCAGUGCUGGAUUACACCCCCGCACAACCGGGUGGGCGAGUCCUCGCAGCUCCGCUUCAAAGCGAUAUCCUCCGGCCACCGUCCCGGAAGAUGAUGGAUACGUUCCGUCGCGGAGGCUCCCGAUUUACGAAUAA